AUGCCUAUCGAUAAGCUCACACACGUUUUCUAUGCCUUUGCCAAUAUACGCUCUGAUGGGCAAGUCUAUCUUACAGACGAAUGGGCCGAUGUUCAAAAGCACUUCGAGGCGGACUCAUGGAAUGAGUCGAAUGCUACAGCAAGAGCAUACGGGUGUAUUAACCAAAUCAACAAGAUGAAGAAAAGCAACCGCAAUUUGAAAGCUCUUCUUUCUAUUGGAGGAUGGACAUACUCCGCCAACUUUGAAGGUCCGGCUAGCUCCACUACUGGACGCAGAAGGCUUGCAAAGUCCGCUAUAAAACUGAUGCAGGACAUUGGUUUUGAUGGCAUCGACAUUGACUGGGAGUACCCUACCGAUGAUAAUCAGGCACGUAACCUGGUAUCUCUCCUCCAGGAGCUACGUUCGGUACGGAUGUAA